AUGUCGUGCUCGCACAGUGUGGUGUUCCUGCUGGACACGGCCAGCCCGGGCCCGCGGGCGCGGCUGCAGCGCGGGGCUCUGCGCCUCCUCACGCAGCUCUGCAGCCGCUUCGGCCUCCCCCGCCUCCGCUGGGCCUUCAGGUUCUUCGACUCGCUGGGCGGGCGCGGUGGGGCCUCCCGGGGCGGCGGCUUCCGCCCGCCCGGUCCCCGCGCCUGGGCCCGCUUCGAGGAGGAGCUGGCGGAGCGGUUCGGGGCGCGGGGGGUCGGCUCCGGCCUGCCCGGCCCCGCGUCCCGCGCCGCGCUCACCCACCACGGCCUCAAGGAGACGCUCCUGGACUUCCAGUGGGACCGGCCCGAGAUCGCGUCCCCCACCAAGCCGCUGCGCAGGAGCCGCAGGACGGGCCCGGCCGCUGCAGAGCCCCCCGAGAGCCGCGCUCCCCCUGAGGGCUUCGUGAACGCCGUGUUCCUGUUCUCCCCCUGCCCGCGGUCGCGGAGGGACCUGCGGCGGUUCGUGUCCGGCAGCCACGCCGCGGCCUCCCCUGCGGACCCCCCCGCGGCACAGGAGCUGGCGGAGAAGCUGCUGCCCAAGAGCGUGCAGGAGCUGAUCGCGGAGCAGAGGAUCGCGCUGUUCUGGGUGGACACCGCUGAGUGUGCGCAGGUGAUGGAAUCUCCAGAUCACGUUGGAUACUGGACAAUAUUGGAACUGAUCUGUCAGACUGGAGGAACCAUUUUGCCAGCUGACACCUUGGUGCAUUUUUUGAGUCCCCACAACUUUGACACCAGUUCCCCAGUGCCACAGAGUAUCCCUUGGACCACCCUGCUGCCCUUGGAUGCGACUUUGAACUGCUUGUUCCUGAAGCCCUCUGUAUUGCAAACAGUUUUCCCCCAGCAAGAAGGAACACUGUUUCUCAGUAUGCCUGGAGGAAAGAAACAAGAAAGCUGUCCUGUGAUCCUAGAACCCCUUGCCAUGAGCCAACGGCAACUGCAUUGUCCAGUCAAUAUAUUCCUGAAAGGCAGCUUGUCAGGUUGGAGCUUGGCACAGGCUGGGCACUUCCUCACAGAGAGUUGGAUACUGCAGAGCUCACAGGCUGAGCAGGCAGAGCACAACAGGUCACUGUUCCAGCAGCUGUUAAGGACUUUAGUGACUGAAGAACUGCACAUGGUUGCUGAGGUAUUACUGUCUACAAGUUGGUGCUCCUGCACUGCUGUUUUGUCACCCCUGUCUGAGAGCACUGCAGUUCUGACUGUACUUGGUACUGAGAAGACUGCUGAAGGUCAACGGUGCAACCUUGAAGGAGAUGUAGUGGAGAACUGUCCCCAAAACCAUGAUUUUCACCUCCCAGAUGUUGUAAAUAGUGUGUUGAGUAAAAUCGACACAGUGGUGGAAGAUUCUCUGGCUAGUAUGGAAGAAGCUCCUGUGCCAGAGUGGGUCGAAAGGGAACUGUCCCAUACAGGUGGCUGGCAUCCUUCAGUGCUUGAAGCAUGGUAUCCUACGUCGAAUGCUUGCGGAGCAAGCUCUGAUCUGAUGGAGUCAUUCAGGCUCCUUCAGGUUCCUUGUGCCAGCAAGAAGGAUGAUGUGGACCAAUCUGAAGUGGAACUCUUAGAAAGUCUGUCUGAGCUGUACCAGAGAAAAUCCAGUGAAACAUCUGCUGCAGCUGGACCAGGAAAUAGCAGAAAGAGGCGUGGGGUUCCCCGAACUCCAGUCAGGCAGAAGAUGAAGACCAUGUCCAGAUCCCUACAGAUGCUCAAUGUAGCAAGGCUAAAUGUAAAAGCUCAGAAGCUUCAACCUGAUGGUGAGCCACCAACAGUGAAUGAGAAGGUUCCAUGGAAGCUUUCAGCAAAAAGAUUGAAUGAGAAGGUGGAAGAAAAGGAAAAGGCACUUAAAUUAUCAAUAGACUUCAAAACUGAGGAGGAGCUGCAGUCCCAUUUAAUUGCAAGCUACCAAAAGGCUGUUGCUGAGGGAGUUCUUUCAUCUGUGUGUGCCCAGGAUAUGAUCAUGGCCAUUAAAAGGUUCUUGAAGAUACAGGAUGCCAAAGAGAAAGAGGUGGCCUGUGUGGAAAGAGUCAGAAACCAUCUCCUGAAGACCAGCAAAGUGCUUAGACAACAGCAUGGCUCACAGAAGGAGGCCAAAGUCAGAGAGUGCCGACUUCAGGUAUUUUUACGCCUCGAGUUAUGUCUGCAGUGCUCUUCACUGCAAAGCAACACAGAUGAAAUGGAGCAGCUGUUAGAAGAGAUGACAGAUAUGCUGCGCAUUUUGUGUCUCACUGAAGACUCAGGGUAUCUGACAAAGUUUCUAGAGGAAAUAUUAGAAUUGUAUAUGAAUUCAAUGCCGAAGACCCUUGGAGAUAUUUACUAUGGUCUUGGUACACAAAUACCCGCGAAGCUGGCAUCUGUUUUGCCUUCAGACUUCUUCAGUGAUGACUCUGUGACUCUGGAUAGCAAAUCUCCAAGCCUUCCACUGUCUUUAUCAUCUGCCUUAACUCCCACUGCUGUUUGUCUGCCCAGUGAGAGUGAUCAACUGGAGGAGCUGCGCACCAGAUCUGCCAAAAAGAGAAGGAAAAACGUGUUAGCCAGACACAGGAGCAUGACAGAAGCACCACAGAACUUGCGUCAAAUUGAGAUUCCCAAGACAGCCAAGAUUCCCAUCCGAAAGGAGAGCUUGCGUUCUUACCUUGCCUCUGAGAAGCUCCAGCAAAUGCCUUCAUUGCAGAAAGAAGCUGUGCAAGAGGUUACGAAGGUAAGAAGGAACCUCUUCAAUGAAGAGAUACUUUCACCAUCAAAAAGGUCUAUGAAAAAGAUGCCUAGAAGCCAGUCAGUAUCUGCUGUGGAAGGCUUAAGAUACAAAUGCAGUGAUGAAGGCACUAAAGAUCAUCGCAAGCUCUUGACCAAAAGAGUCGCAGAAACACCACUACAUAAACAGGUCUCCAGGAGACUACUUCAGAAGCAGAUCAAAGGCCGGUCUUCUGAUCCAGGUUGUGACACUGGUGUCGUAGAAGAAUCUCCAGAGAAGGCCAUAAAUGAAGCAGGGUUGAGAAGAAGCCCACGCAUCAAACAGCUCUCUUUGAACAGGACCUGCUCUGGGGUUUUCUAUUCUACAACACAGCCCAGCUCACAAGAUUCACAGCUUGUCCAUCAAGGACAAGAAGAGGAGAACUCUACACUGCAGGAUGUAGAAGGCAUGAAGCAGCAUUCACAGAGUGCCCCUGUCCAGACCCCCAAGAGUCUUUUCUUUGGUGCUGUGAUUGACACAUGUAGUCCUGCAGUGAAUCCUUCACCUGGAAGGAGAAGAACAAGAAAAGAUUCUUUACACUCAGAGGAGCUGACUGCUUGUCAGACUCCUAGAAAAACACCUCAUAAACCUGCCCAGAAGCCAGUCAGUUCUGCCAGUAAGCUGCCAAGGAGAUCACCUCGCAUUCUUCACAGGACACCACAGAGGAUGGAGGAGAUUCAUGGCAAAAGCCCAGCUGCAAAGAAGUCUGCAGUUAAGUGUUUGGGAAAGUACUUUUCUCAUCCUGCACAAAGGGUCAAGUCACCAUCUGCGUUAGCUGAAAGCAAGAGUGUUCACUUACUGCAAGGAACUUCUGAGGACUUCUCUUCAGCAGAAAGACUUUCCCCUCCUUGCAAAGAGGCUGGCUUCCCCAUGCCAGAACGCAAAGGAUUCACAGAGCUCAGUGACUCACUGUUACCUCUGACAGACUCAAAUCCAGCUGCUUCUCCCUCCUGUGCCAUGCAGGAAAGAUGUUCUACAGAACUGCAGACUCCAAGACGUUCCUUGAGGUACCUCUCAAAAUUAGCAUCUCCAGUUGGUACUCGGAGGCAAAUCCUCCCAAAGGAAAUUCAGGUGCAGUCAGAUCCAUUAUCUCGAGGAACUAAAAAUACUCCCAGAAAACCUGAAGAUCCAGGUUCAGAAUUAUGUACCAGCCCACCAAGUACAGAGAUAGCAGAGCUUGCUGUGAGGUUAGAGCCUCCCUUCAGUUCUCUCAGUGAAUGCUCCAUGGACAGUGUAAUAACAUGCUCUCCUUCCCAUGUGGAGGCUAAAGAGUCUGACUGGGAACUCUGUGCAUCCAAACCUCAAAGAUCUCCAAGUAUUGCUGGCACUCCACUGAGGUCUCUGCUUCACAAAUCCAAGCAGGCCAAAUGUGAACUGAGCCCUGGAAGAGAGAAACUCAUAGUUGCGUUUGCAACACCUGAAAAUAAGGACAAUCGUCAUGACGGUGAUAACUCUUCUGUAGAAAGCCUUCAGCUCUGUCAGUUCCAAGCUCCUCAAAAUAUCCCUGUAUUAGAGACAAAUAAACAGAUGGAGGUAGUGUCUCAAAAGUUUUCUCCAAGAGAGGACUCUGAAAACUUGGGGAAGAAUCUGUCUCCAAAGCCUUCUGCUGGAGUGCAGGUCCAUGCACAGAAUGCUGAGAGAGAGGGUGAGCAGUGGUUUAAGGAGGGGAACUCCAGUGCAAACACCCAUGAGUCCUUCCUAAGUGGUUCUCAAACAGUUAGUGAGGACUUGGAACCAAAAACCUUGAAAGAAGAAUACACAGGGCUGAAGGCUCCAAGACUUAAGAGACACUCUAGGUUUGCCCUGAAUACUUCACCUCCUGUGCCUAAGUCGCCUCCUGCCUAUUCUUUGCGCUGCACUGCAGACCGGAGGCAGCGGGAAGCUGCAGCACGGAUGGGAGAGCCUCAACUUCUAGCCAAGUUCUCCACUCCUAAAAGUCACUGCAAGCUGCCUUCUGCUAGCCCACCAACCUAUGAAGUUGAACUUGAAAUGCAAGCUUCAGGCCUGCCCAAACUUCGCAUCAAGAAAAUUGGCUCUUGCACAUCAUUGGAAGUUCAACCUGAAGCGAGUGCCAGCAAACCCAAGGGGGGGGAAAGCCCCUUUGGUGAACUGGCUGCGACCUGGUGUAGCAAGCACCCAGGAAAACUAGCAGCUGCUUGUGUUUCACCAUCCUGCUUCCGCUCUUUCCACAGUACACCUGGGAAAGGUGCAGGACAGACGUACAUAUGCCAGUCAUACACCCCAACAAGCUGUGCCUCUAACACCUCCCCAUCCCCCUUGGAAGCAGGAGUUUCCUGGACACCUUCUCCAAAGCAGAAGGGAAAGACUACCCCUGAUGCUAUCAAUGACUGGCCUCGGAGAAAGAGAGCAGCAGGCAGCACUGCUAAUGUUAGCUGUUCUCAAAGCGAGAGGAAUGCUGAAGAGUGGAAAACGAUGUCAGCAGGGAGAGAGGUGAAGAUCUUGGAGCACUGCAGCAGCAAAGGAGCAAAUACUCUUGAGGAAUUUGAGGUGGAAGGGGUUUGCAGGCUCCAGGACCUGGCAUCUCCUGGUGACUCUGAACCCAAGGCUGAUGAGGACUCUGCCAAGGGAACUUUUGGCCUGAAAAUGCGGAAGCGAGUCUUAAUGUAUCUGUCGCCAGAGAAGGAGGAGAGUCAUGAUACCAAGAGACCUUGCACUGAUAGGUGCAGUGUGGAUCUCUCUGGCUCUCCCUCAGAUGAUGGCAGCAGAAGCAAAUCGAGGCUAGACUCUGUGCUUCCUGAGAAACCAGGAUCAUGUACGUUCAUGACUCUUGAGCAGCACAGUCACACAGGGGAUGAUGAUGUCUUCCUUUUGUCAGGCUCAACUCCACCAGUGAAGAGCACACUGUCUGCUAGCAGCCUUGUAGCACUGACCCAGUCUCCACUGCUUUGCCAGGGACAGACACCGCCGCCUUGGAGGAAGUGUGUUCAAGAAGAAUCUGAUGCCUUCCAAAUUGCUGCCAACCAGGAGCUGUCUCCACUCCACAUCCCGGCUUUCAGGAAGCGUCCCCUUAGCAGGACUUACUCACGGAAAAAGCUCCUCAGCUGAAGUUUGGAGCCAGAACAGUAUGGGAAACUUUGCAUUAUCCCUGCUGUACAAUGUGUUUUGUAACAAGGACCUUCUAUUUGGUGCUGGGCUUGGAGCUGUCUUGUGUUGGUAGGAGACUGGAUGCAAGUAUGUGGCAUAUGACAGCGGAAAUAAGGACCACUCCAGAAGUGUGGUGUGCUUGACUUAGUUUUUACCUCAAUUACAGCAUCUCUCCAUCCAGUCAAAGCCUAGCUAGGUCUUUUUGGCAUUUCUGCGUGUGGUAGCUGGGUUAGUGAAGGUUCAAUUCCGCCAAAGAGGGAGAAUUGUCACAUUUCUACAACUUCCUUGUGAAAUAAACUGAUGUGUAUUUGCAUUG